AUGAUUGAAUUAGUGAAAAUGCCAGAUACCAACGGUAUAAAUGGGGCUCUAAGGGACAUAGGGGCGAAUGCUUUCGUUUGUCGCGUGCAAUACUUGAACGACUUGGAUCCUUUCAACGAGUAUAAUGUUAGACUACCGACGAGACCACUUUACCACACUUUCAACUCGUUGAUACCCCUGUCGUAUCAAAUCGCUGCCGUACAUCGAUUACUGCAAGCUCCACACAGGUUGGAUGAUGCCACUCUUCAGGUGUUUAAGGACGGUGACUAUGGACCUUAUUUAGACCUUGAUCUAACUCUAGCUGAACAAGAUGAAGAAAUAGAAGGGCUACAAGAAAGUCGCAAAAAUGCUUUGGUACUGCGCACUCAAUUAUCGGUACGAGUACAUGCUAUCACUGAACGACUUCUACAUUCCCAAGGAAAAGACCUGCGGCGGGCUUUGUUUGCCGUGAAGCAGAUGUUACAGUCUGAUAAGGACUUGGUGCAUGAAUUUGUGGCUAAUAAUGGCCUUGAUUGUCUUAUGCAAGUCAGUGCGAAGGAGGAUCAAACUUACCUUGACUACAUUUUACGAGCCCUCGGACAAAUACUCAUUUAUGUGGACGGUAUGCAUGGAGUCAUGAAUCAUAAGGGGUGUAUACAAUGGCAGUACUCGUUGAUUUCAAGUAAUUUCCGGCAUGUAGUCAAGACGACACUUAAGCUACUUUCUAUAUUCGUCGAAUACACUGAGGGCAACAGUCUUCUUCUCAUCGAUGCCAUGAACGUGGUUGAAAAAUCCAACGGCAGAUCUCCGUGGUACAAUGUCAUCAAAAUUCUUCAAGACUUUGAUGCAUCGGAUACGGAACUUCUCAUAUGUGCAACUAGUUUAAUAAAUUUGUGUUUAAUAAAUAUACCAGAUAAGAAUACGUAUUAUGAUCAAGUAGACGCCCUUCAUGACCAAGGGAUAGAUGAUAUUAUCCAGUUCUAUAUGUCCAGACAGGGCACGGAUUUGGACCUUUUAAGGCAACUACAUAUAUAUGAUGCAGUUUUGAUAUACGAAGAUGGAAUGGAGAGUGGAUCAGCUGUGAAACAGCUGGAUGACUCAAUACUAAAGUCUAUAAGGAGAAGAAAUAUUAACGUCACAAAUGACUUUCGAAAAUCUAAAAGAUACCAAAUGAAAGAGAAAGCAGACCAAGGUAUGUUAUCUAGUUUGGAGUGUGAGCAGAAAAAUAUAUAUUCCUUACGAGCUUCGAGUUCCCCUUCGCUCCCAGAACGUAAAGAGACUUCAUCUUUACGAAAAAGGCGAGAUAGAUGCGCCAGACAAGCGCAUCACAUUCAACAAUUAGAGCUUCAAAGUAGCUCCAGUGAAAUUAUCAAUGCCCUAUUUCAAAUAAAUGGGAACAAACUCGAAGCUAGCAAUGAUUGCUUACCCAGAAAUACACUUUGUAACAGCGGCGAAGAGAAUGCAGAUGACCAAGAAGGGACCACGACCCGGGACAACCUACCGGAUGUAUUAAUUAAUGGUAACCAAAGAUAUACAUCGGGUCUACAACAGAGAAUUGAAAACGGAACAUUAGGUCACACUGUAAAUCCCGUUGAUAAUUUAUCCCCUAAGUGGAAUAAAUUUAUUGACACUACAAUACCGGAGAAGGACGAUAGAGGAGUUCUCUUAAACAGGGAACAUAGUAUUAAGGAUUUAGCGCAAAGACUGACUAGCCCAAUUCAGCAUGUCCAAGAAGAGAAACCGUUACUUGUUUCUGAUAUGGCCGGAAUCGUUUCAAAGGCUAAAGAAGAACUGGCCAGAUCUCAAACCAAGGAGAUCGUUAAAACUCCAACUAAAGAAAAAUGUCAAAAAACAAUGGAAUUUAAUUUGGAAAUAGUUUCGGAAAAAGAAUUAAAUUGGGACGAGGUGAGGAAAGCCUGUCGCCAUCGCGAUUUUCAACUAUGUGAUCUGGAUUUCUCUGACCUGCGCGAUGAUUCAGAUGACGAAGCAAAGUCCGUGGUGAUAAAAAUACAAAAUGGACCGCCACCACCACCCCCAAAUAUGCCUCCAUCAUUUGAAGGUCCACCACCCCCACCAGUGUACGGCCUUAACGAGAUAAAACCUCAAAAUUUAAAUGAAUCUGAUACAUCCACCUUGAAGAAAAAUAAAAAAACAUUAAAACUAUUCUGGAGAGAGAUCCACGAAACCCCAGCACCAACGAUGAAGGAAGAUCACUUCAUAUGGGAUGAUCUUCCUAAAGUAGAAAUCGAUACGGCCAUGUGGGAACAUCUCUUUGAGACGAGGCCAAAUGAUAUUAAUUUUAUGAAAAUUCAAGCAGAACCAAAGGAAAAUCUAAUUUUAGAUAAUAAACGCUCUACAGCGAUAAAUAUAACAAUGAAAAAGCUCCCACCACCCCAAACUAUCAAGGCAGCUAUUUUAAAAAUGGAUGUUACAGUUAUGGCGCGUGAGUCUAUAGAAAAACUUCUCACAAUUCUUCCUACAGAAGAGGAAAAAAUUAAAAUACAGGAAGCGCAGUACUCGAAUCCGGACUUGCCUUUGGGAAGCGCUGAAAAGUUCCUGUUAACCCUCACAUCCAUUAACGAAUUGUCGUCCAGGUUAAAGCUUUGGGUUUUCAAACUAGACUUUGAUAACUUAGAGAAAGAAAUUGCCGAGCCUCUAAUGGACCUUAAACAAGGAAUUGAAUUAUUAAGGGCUAACCGGACAUUUAAGAUAAUAUUAUCAACGUUGCGAGAGGUUGGAAGUUUUCUUAAUGGAACGCCAGUGAAAGGCUUUCGGCUGGAAUAUUUGACCAAAGUUGCUGAAGUGAAGGAUACCGUUCACAAGCAUUCUCUGUUGUUUCAUCUCUGUGAAAUGAUAAAAAAUAAAUUUGAGGACACAACGGACUUGUUCAGCGAACUGGGUCCUGUUAUAAGAGCGUCGAAGGUGGACUUCGACGUACUCAGCAACAACCUCCUCAAGCUAGAAGCGGACUGUAAGGCUGCGUGGGAUCACAUGAAGCGGGUGGCAAAGCACGACGGCUCUCUGUAUAAAAUGAAAAUUAACGAUUUUAUAACAGACGCUGCAGAACGCAUUGUAUUAUUAACUAAAAUUAAAAAUCUCAUUUUAAAAAGAUAUGAAAAGUUUUUGCUGUACCUCGGAGUGCCACAAGUAGAGAUACCAAAUAAUCGACCAACUGACUUCCUUAAAGGCAUAGCCGAAUUUGCCUUAGAGUACAGAACGACGAGGGAACGUUUACUUCAACAAAUUCAAAAGAAGGCCACCCACCGAGAACGCAAUAAGACUCGAGGAGUCAUGAUUAUUGACGUUACUAGGUAUUCGAAACAGGGUGGAGAUCAUAGCGCAGAUACGGCAUUAAAAGAAAUAUUGAAGGAGCAGACUGUAUCCGACAUAUUAGCAGAUGGGCGCAGGAGAUCCCAGAAGACGGGCGACGAUGCCGUUGAGGAAAUUCUUGAAAGUCUGGUUCGGUCAGCAGCAAUGAAAACCAACCCGCAAAGAGAACGACGAAGAAACAGACUCUCCGACCGAAAGAAACUUGUCACCAGAACAUGGGAAAUGAACUCAACGUAA